AACCUCCUAGAGAAAGAGAGAGAAGAGAGUAGAGAGAAAAAAACCAAGAUUUGACCAAAAUCGGAGCCCCGAAUUCCGAAGCUCGUGAAGAGAAAAGUGUUGUACGUUGCAUUGCCUUCAUUUUGAGCCAAAAAUCAGCUAAGAAGGAGAGUGGUGACUUGGUUGCUGCAUACUUAAGGAAUCAAGUCGUGGCAUCUUCUACUUCUAAUAGACUUAUGGAAGCCGCUCGUGAGAGUUUAAAUAACUCCAAUGCCCAACCUGACCUACAAGAAGGGGUUGGAGAACAUUUUGCUGAUUCUAAUCCUCCUAGUGCAAGUGGAUCUGAAGCGGGAAAUAAUCAGGGUACAAGAGUUGGGCCACACCCUCAGAUGAGUCAUAAUGCUCCUGCUGUUAAUCCCCCUUUUCAACAAAUGACUGAUUUCUUUCGUCACAUGGCUAGAAGAAUGCCUGCCUCUGAUGAAAUGAACUUUGAGAAAAUGAGAAAAAUGGGUGGAGUUGAGUUUGAAGGCACUGUUGACCCUACAGAUGCCGAGCAGUGGUUGGAACGGAUUGAAAGAGUUUUUGAGCAAUUAGAGUGUUCAGACGCUGCUAAAUUUAAGUAUGCUGUCUCAUUGUUACAAAAAGAUGCCUACGAUUGGUGGGUAAGUGUACCGAAUGCCAGGGCAAAACCCCCUGUUCUUACUUGGAAUGAUUUUGUGAAAGAAUUUCAUAUGAAGUAUGUCCCACCUGCUUAUCAUGAUGCAAAGAAAAAGGAGUUCUUGAAUUUAGAGCAAGGGAGUAUGUCUAUUGCUGAAUAUCAGCAGAAGUUUCUCAGGCUAUCUCGUUAUGCCGGUGGUAUUAUUAAUAACGAAAAAGAUAAGUGCAGGCGAUUCGAAGACGGUUCGAAUGAUUCUAUCAGAAAAUCUGUGGCGGUCCUACAACAUGAAAACUUUUAUAAAUUAGUUUCAGCUGCUCUCACUUGGGAAAGGGUCGACAAGGAACAAGCUAGUAGAAAUGAACACAAGUUCAGGAAAGCUGAUGCAGAUUCAGGAGGUCCAUCAAAAAAAGGAAGGUUUGACAGUUCCAAAGCUAAUACUGUUCGCAAGUUAGCCCAACAUAAGCAAAAUAGAUCAAGUUCCUCUACUGCUAGCACUCUAAGCUAUGGCCAAGGCAAGACUCGUAUACCCACUUGUGCACAAUGUGGAAAGAAUCACUUUGGUACUUGUAGGAGAGCUUCUGGUGCUUGUUUUAAUUGUGGGAGCUUCGAUCAUAAAGUGAAGGAUUGUCCUAAUCCUAACCCCACUUCUUCUCCGCGUAUGGAAGGCUCGGUUCAAAAACCUAUUACCACUCCCUCUCAAGGGAAUAGAGGUGCAAGAUCUAGAAACACACAAGUAACAGGUGCAGGUGGAGCCAACCAAGCUAGUGGGUCAAGAGCUACAGCACGAGCUUAUGCGAUGAGACAGAGGGAUGACCAAGAUGGAGCAGAUGUGGUUGUUGGUAAAAUUCACUUCUUCGGCUUAUGUGUUGUUACAUUAUUUGAUCCUGGUUAUACACAUUCCUAUGUUUGCUCAUCAUUGGCUUUUCCUGAAAAUGUGAAAUCUGUGAGACUCGAUUGUGGUGUGCUUGUCCAAAGUCCUUUGGGUCAACAAGUUAUUUGCAAUCAAAUCUAUCGAGGUUGUCCCUUGGUGAUUCAAGAUCUAGUCUUCCCUGCUGAUUUGAUUGAAAUGCCUUUCCAAGACUAUGAUGUCAUUAUCGGUAUGGAUUGGCUUUAUAAAUACCAUGCGGUAGUUGAUUGUAGGUCGAAGCAUGUGACCUUUAGAGCUCCUUCACUUUCACACAUCAUUAUUCAAGGUGAAAGAUCAUUGACAUCUAAUAUUAUCUCCGCGGUUGUGGCAAGGAAGAUGAUCAGACAGGGUUGCGAAGCUUAUCUUGCUCAUAUAUUUGAUACACACCUAGAAAGUCCAAGCCUUAAGGAUAUACCAGUGGUGUGUGAAUUUCCUGAUGUCUUCCCUGAAAAUCUUCCUGGAUUGCCCCCAGAAAGGGAGGUUGAAUUUCCUAUAGAGGUUGUUCCUGGAACUACUCCUAUUUCUAUAACGCCUUAUCGAAUGGCUCCAGCAGAAUUAAAGGAGUUGAAGAAUCAAUUGCAAGAAAUUCUUGAGAAAGACGUCCCUAAAACUGCCUUUAGGACUCGAUAUGGCCAUUAUGAAUUUUUGGUGAUGCCAUUCGGGUUGACGAAUUCUCCUGCGGCAUUUAUGGACCUGAUGAAUCGCGUGUUUAAGCCUUAUCUUGAUCAAUUUGUGGUGGUCUUUAUAGAUGAUAUCUUGAUAUAUUCCAAGAUUAGUAAAGACCACAGAAAGCACCUUCGAAUUGUUUUGCAAACUUUGCAAGAGAAAAAUCUUUAUGCUAAGCUUUCCAAAUGUGAAUUUUGGCUUAGUGAGGUGGCUUUUCUGGGACAUAUUGUGUCGGCGGAAGGUGUGAAGGUGGAUCCUAGUAAGAUUCAAGCUAUUGUCGAAUGGAAACCACCUAAAAGUCCAACUGAAGUAAGGAGUUUCUUGGGCUUAGCGGGAUACUAUAGAAGGUUUGUCAAAGGCUUCUCCAUUAUAGCCUCUCCUUUGACUAAACUCUUGAGAAAGGAUGUCAAGUUUGUGUGGGAUGACAAAUGCCAGGAGAGUUUUGAAAAGCUCAAAUCUUUAUUGACACAAGCUCCUAUACUUACUCUACCAACGGAAGGAAAAAAAUAUGUGAUAUAUAGUGAUGCUUCUCAUCAUGGUUUGGGUUGUGUCCUGAUGCAAGAAGGGAAAGUGGUUGCGUAUGCCUCCCAAAAAUUGAAACCACAUGAAUUGAACUAUCCUACUCAUGACCUUGAGCUCGCUGCCAUAGUGUUUGCUUUGAAAAUUUGGAAGCAUUAUUUAUAUGGUGAAAAGUGUCACAUAUUUACUGAUCACAAGAGUUUGAAGUACUUGGGUACACAAAAAGAGUUGAAUUUGAGACAACGUAGAUGGCUUGAACUCAUUAAAGAUUAUGACUGCACGAUGAGGCGUUUGGACUACAAGUCCAAAAACCUCACAUUUAGCAAGUGA